AUGCUACUUUUUUUUGUUGAAUUUUUGUCGAGUGACCCAAAUAGCCGUUCGACAGGUUCCUCCAUUUCUCACACCAGGAGAGGUUUAGGAGCUGGAGUCACUCAAGUAGCCGAUUUCGAUUGUCCAGAAGAAUUCGGGUACUACCCGCAUCCAACUGAUUGCACGCAAUAUUAUGUUUGCGUUUUCGGUGGUGCCUUGCUCGAAUCUUGCACCGGUGGUCUCAUGUACAGUCAUGAACUCCAGACCUGUGAUUGGCCUAGAAAUGUCGGGUGUGGAGAAACUGGAACUUCAGCUGCCGAUGGCGGUUCGAUAAGUUCCGCCGCCGCCGUACGCGUGACGGAUUCACGAAGUAGAAAUCCUCAACAACAACAACAACAAAGUCCGCAAUUGGUAUCGUCGAACAUUCCAGCAGAACAACAAAAUUCAUCACCCAUUCAAGUACCCACGGGUAGAGGGGUAGUAUCACAACGUCAAGAUUACAACAGGCAAAGACAACCGGAAAUAAUACAGCAACAGACAUUCUACACGGAAGAUCUCGGACCGGCAGAAGAAAUAGAAUCGGAUAGACAGCAAAGAGUUUACAGAGGACAAUCAUCCAGCAUCGGACAAGUUCAAAGAGACAGGGACGGAUUAAGGCAAUUUAAAAACAACGUCAACGCACAAAAUGUUAUACAAACAAAUUCAAACGGUCAAGAUAAAAUUUCUGUCGUUUCAUUUGGAAGUCAAAGGCCGAGUCCACCGCGUCCCCAGGAACAAUACAGAAACCUGACAUAUUCAACAAACAUGGCGGAAUUUAACAUAAUCAAAACGGACAACGACAAAACUCGGAAAAGACGUGAAAAACGACAAAUUUUCCCAAGACGACCGACCUUUUACCAAACAAAUUACGGACAGUAUCCCAUCAUUUUUUUAUCUCGACCGAACGGAAAUGUUCAAAAAACCGGAAAUGAUUUUUUCAUAAGGCCCUACGACGCAUCUUUUCCAAGGCCGUUCGUAAAAAAUUUUAAUAGAAAUCACGAUAACAACGACAGUGAUGAGGAAUUAAAAAAAUUAACGGAAUCGACGAUACAAACAAAAUUCAGACCAGUUUUUCGUAGGCCUUCCCUUAACGAUGAAAACGACAACAACAACAACAACCACAACAGCAACGACAAACAAUUUUUUAAACAAAUUAAUAAAAAUAUCGAACCGUUGGUAAAACCGGAAAUGAUAACAUUAGCUCCGACUUUUUCAUCAACACCAUCUAUCGGUGAAAAAAUUUAUUUACCAAAUUUGAGAUUAAUAAAAAUAAUUUCAAACGAUGGAAAUUCGAAAGAUUUGGAAUUUUGGAAAAGUCGUGGAGAUAGACAAAACGAACAAACGAGAGAUUUUUUUAGGGGGGUUAAGGAUAAUGAUGAUUUUGAAACGUUUCGACCGCAGAAUGUAGCCAUCAGUUUGGAACGUUUAACCUCAGUCAAUCAACAAGUCGAGCGUGUAACGACAAACAAACCAAUAAAUAACGACGACGACGAACCAAAACAAUCGACAAACGACAACCGCGAUAAAUAUGAUGGAUAUGAUGAAUAUAAUUUCGGUACGGUGAAAAUAAUACAACCGAUAACCGAAUCAUUAUCGUUAAAAGAAAAUUUAAAAUUGACAACAAAUUUACCCGACGUGGAAAGAAAGGAAAAAGAACAACAAACGACAACAAACGAUGAAUUUUUUUCUAACGUAUUAUUACAAACAAACGGAAACGAGGAAACAACAGUAAAUUUUCCUGAUACUGAUCAGUAUUAUUAUUAUCCCGAUUUGACAACGAUGCAAACGUUUUACAAAAAUAUAACAAACAACAUUGUCGAAAGACAAACGACACAAACGAAUGAGAAUUUCACAUACGGCGGUUUUACUUUUCAAAUACCCGACAAAACAACGACAAACAAUCACGUGGAUGAAGAUGGGAGGAGAGUCGAACAAAUACAAACGCAUCAAUUGACGUCAGCUUUACCGCCACCGCCACCGCCGACUCCGACUCCGAGACCCGUCGAACGUUACAACACGUCACAAAGAUUUCAAACAAAUCAAUUCGAUCCAUAUUACACGGUUUUCGAUAACGUAGAUAUCUAUCGACAAAAUGAUUACAACCAACAGCAACAGUAUCAAACGCCAAGUUCGACGCCAUCAUCGAACAACAUAGCUCAUCAAUACAGGGGACAAAUAAAUCAUAAACAAGCUGUGGAAUUACAACAGGUACAAUUACAAGUUCAAGAACAACCGGUUGUUCAACAACAGAGAAACUACAACCAAGAUUUGUACUCGCCACCGCCUGUCAUACAAGAUUUUAACGAUCAAUAUAACGUUCAACAGGUUGACGAUCAACGGCAGUAUCAGCAACAGCAUCUCACACAACCGACACCAAAAUUAUCUUCCAGGAAUGAAAGGACGAAUUCAUCAAAGGACGAUGGUUUGACGGUUGAAUCAUCAACUUCCGUCAAUCGUGUUCCAGAGAACGUGACGUCAAACUAUGUAGAAUCAUCUCCCAUAACCCGCCGUUCCGAUUCCUAUUAUUCCCUAUUAAAUUUCGGUCCUUCGACGGUUUUACUCCCGCCAUUACCAUUUCCGGAAACGACUCAAAAAUAUUACGACACAUCGUACUCACAACAAUCGAAAACAACCGAAAAACCCGUUUAUACCGAGUCGGCAAGAGGUAGAGACGGCGGUAGAAGUCAUUUCGAUCCGCCUAAAAAUGGCGGAGCUUUAGCUAAAACAUUCAACAGUUUCGAUUCUUUACUAUCGUCGUUUAUCGCCGCCGUCACGAGUCCGAAAAGUUUAACAUCUACGACGGUUGAAACCACCACUUCGACUCCUCCUCCUCAGUUGUUGAAUUCUCAAAGGGAAAAAUCGAUACCGGAAACGAUCGUGAGAUCGGAAAUCGGUAGAAUACGUCACGAUCCGAUUAUAAUAACGGAAAAUUUUUCAAUACGACAACCGGUAAUAAUAGAAAAUAAUAAUGGAGGGGAAAAAACAAACGCGGUGACGCCAAAAGUUGUCGCAUCACUUCCGCCGCCAUCAUCGACUCACGUACCCCCGCCGAAAUUGUCACAAAAUGAUUAUUUGGCUUAUUUCGUAGAAAUCGAACCUAAAAAACCUAAAAAUAUCGAAUCGGGACGUGGAGGAUUUUAUUUAAACGUUCCCCUCGAAACUGAUGAACAAUCCCGACCUAACGGUCGAAGAAUUCCAGGAAAUCGUCAAUCGAACAAUCAAGGAAAUUUCGAAAGGCAACAACAAUCGGGUUUCGGUCGAGGAGGAACUAAUCAAAGGUCACGAUUCAAUUCGGAAUUGACCACAAACGGAAAUCAAAAAGAAGAAGAUAAUAUUUCUUCUUCUAUUGAAAAGCAAACGAUCAUCGGACCGUUCGGUACAAACAAUCAACCGUACAAACCAGUUGGAAAAUGGGUUAUUGCAAAAAAUCAAGAAAAACCCGCAAGGUUGCCAACCACACCACAGCCCACACCUUUCGACGCUUACAUUCAGAAAAAACAAGAAAAAGAAAUUCUGUUGGAACCGCAAACAUCACCGCAACAACCGCAAAUAAUAACUCAACGUGUAGUACCGGAACCGAUAGAAAGAAAACAAAUUUCCCAAGGUCCCGUGCCUGCAAGAACCGAAGAAAACUACUUACAAAAUCGUCCGAUCAUCAGCAGCACGGAAGAAGUACCGCCACCGACGGAAUCCGUCAGCAGCAGUCCAUAUAAAUUUUUAUACGUUAACAUAGAUAGGAAAAAAGAUUUCGGACGAAACGGAGGAGAAAGAAACAAAGACGAGAGCGAAGAAAGAAUCAAAUACAAAACGAAACCGGAAAACAAUCGCGGAAGAGGAAGAUUGCCACUUCCGGAAGAAGAAUCGACAGAGUCGGUCGUACCUUUCGUACAAAAUUACAAGAAAAACGAAAACGAUGAAACGGGAAAAUUCAUUUACAAAACCGACUCGCGACCGGAAAUCAGACUAAGAGAUAACGUGGCAGAAGAUAAUAGAAGUAGAAAAUCGGAAAUACCGAGUGUCAUAACUCCAAAAAUUAUAGUUCCUGAAAUAAAAUCUCAAACGGAAGAGAAGGAAACGAUAGCGUCGUUAAACAUAAAACCGAUACAGGUUUUACCGGAAGUAGAAGAAGAAGAAGGAGAAAACAAAGCCGCCAAAGAAGAAGAUUUUGAACAUAAUCAAAAGAAAAGAAGAAAGCAAAAUCAACAACAACAACACCGGGUGAAAUCAUCCGACGUCGAGGAAACGUCGCCAUCUUCGACGGAAACGAUUAAUAAAAAAUACGGAAACGGAUAUCAAAACUCUGAUGAGUCAUCACCGGAAGACAACAGAAGACAACCACAGCAACCAAGAAGACUCGUUAAAAUAAAUAGAAACGAUUCUAAAAAUCAAAGGCUACAACCUUUGCAAAAAAAAAGAACGAGAAAACCUUCUUCGGCAAAAUUACCGAUCGUGGUUUUAGAAGAACUCGAAGAGAAAAAAUUUUCAAAAGAAAAUGAAAUACAACCCACGUACAGACCGAUAAUUGUUAGCGAUUUACCAUAUCCGCCGACUUUAACGAAAAAUAAAACUCGUUUCCGGUUUACCGUCGAAAACGAAAAAGAUUUUUCUGACGUCGAUAAUAAUAAUAAUAAUAAUAAAAUAUCACCACCGUCGAAUUUAACCACCGAAAAAAAUAAAAAAUCACAACAAACGGAUACGGAAAACGAUUUACCACCACCGGAAAAUAAAAACAAUAAUAAUAAUGAUUAUUCUAGUAAUAAUAGUAAUAGUAAUGAUAGUGAUAAUAAUGAUAACGACGAUGAUAACAAACCAUUGAUUCCAAAACUAAAAAGACCAAAUCAGACGGUUAAAAACGUGACGCAAUUAUUUGAAAAUCGAGCAACAACAACAACAACGAAGGCUUACAGAGGAAAAUUUAAACCUUCCGAUAUUAAAUUAAGAUUAAAACCCACGACAGGAGCAUCCCCUGUUGAUAGCGAUAACGUAGGCCCCGGUCCUCACCUUUCUACAAGGUAG